AUAUGCGUGGUGGUGGUUGUCUUGUGUUGUCAGUUUGUCACUGCCAAUAGUGCCAAUUUUAAUAAGUGUAAUUAAAUAAUAAAUAAAAAAAAUUUACCUAUAAUAAUUGAAUGGAUAUUAAUAUAUUAAAUAAUAGAAAAUAACAUACUUUAUGAAGUAUGAAUUCACCACCAGAAUUAGACACAGUUUAUCAAGCUGUUUACACAUUAUACACUAAUCCAGAUCCAACUGAAAAAGAAAAAGCGUCAGCAUGGCUCGGCGAAUUACAAAAAUCAGUGUAUGCAUGGAAAGUAUCAGACGAAAUGCUUCAACAAAAACGAGAUUUAGAAUCUUGUUAUUUUGCUGCUCAAACAAUGAGAACAAAAAUUGAAUUAUCAUUUCAUGAAUUACCCACUGAUGCACAUACAUCACUUAGAGAUUCAUUGCUUCAACACAUAUCACAAAUAAAUGAGCAUACAAAUACAAUAAUAGUUACUCAGUUAUCAGUAGCACUUGCUGAUUUAGCUUUACAAAUGUCAUCAUGGCAAUCACCAGUUAUUGAUUUAAUCAACAAAUUUGGUGGUAAUCAAAGCAGCCUGUGGCCACUGUUAGAAGUCAUGACAGUACUUCCAGAAGAAAUAAAUUCAAGAUUUCUCAGGCUAGGAGCAAAUAGAAGACAAUGUGUAGUGAUGGAUCUUUCAAAUGCUGUCGACACAGUUAUUAAGUUUUUGAGUAUGUGUUUAAAAAAUGGUAAUGAUAAUGUACAAAUUAACACAAGAAUAUUAAGAUGUUUUAAAAGUUGGGUAAAUGUUCAUGCUAUACCAUUGCAAUCAAUACCAAAUAAUGACGUUGUUGCAUAUGCCUUUCAGGUAUUGGGAAAUUAUCAAUCAUGCUCACAAUUACAUGAAGCAGCAACUGAUUGUAUUUGUAUAAUACUUCAAGAAUUAGAAGAAGAAAAUUGUCAUACAAAAAUAACAAUUGAAUAUACAACAUGCCUGCAACAAUUACAAUUGGGUUUAUUUACAAAUGUAAUGUCACUUGAACAACCAUAUCAUUUAUCAGUUGCACAUGAAGAAAAUGAAAAAUCAAUAAAUUAUUGUCGUAUAUUUACUGAAUUAGCUGAAACAUAUUUAAAUACAAUUGUACUUGGUAGUACUGUUGAUAAAAAACAUUAUGCUAUUAAAAUAUUAGAUCUUGUAUUAAUGUGUGUUGGUCAUCAUGAUUAUGAAGUUGCAUUAAUAACAUUUAAUUUAUGGUACAGAUUAUCAGAAUGUUUGUAUCGUAAAAAUAAUGAUGAUUUAAAUACAAUAUUUAGACCACAUAUAGAAAGAUUAAUUGGUGGUCUUUGUAAACAUUGUCAAGUUGAACCAGAUCAUCUUGGUUUAAUUGAAGAUGGUAGUGGUGGUGAAGAUUUAGUUGAUUUUCGUGGACGUGUUUCUGAAUUAAUAAAAGAUGUUGUAUUUGUUGUUGGUAGUAGUCAUUGUUUUCGUCAAAUGUUUACAACAUUAACUGGUACAAAUGAUAAUCAACAAGGACAAUCAACAAUAACAAGACAACCAACAUGGGAUUUAACUGAAGCAGCAUUAUUUAUAAUGCAAGCUGUUGCUAAAAAUAUAUUACCUGAAGAAAAUGAUGUUGUACCAAAAGUUGUUGAGGCAAUAUUAAAUGUACCAGAUAAUACACAUAUUGCUGUACGACAUACAAGUAUAUUAUUACUUGGUGAAUUAUGUGAAUGGAUUAAUAGUCAUCCACAAUCACUUGAGCCAAUAUUAAAUUUUUUAUUAUCAUGUUUAAAUCAAAAAGGAUUAGCAAGUGCAUCAUCAAGUGCAUUACACAGUAUAUGUACAGCAUGUCCAGAACAUAUGGCAUCACAUUUUCCUGGUUUAUUACAAAUUGCACGUUCACUUGAUACAUUUCCAAUAAGUAAUGAAGCUGCUGUUGGUUUAUUAAAAGGUGUAUCAUUAAUACUUGCUAGAUUACCAACAAAUGAAAUAAGCACAGCAAUGAAAGAGUUGUGCUGGUUUCAAGCUAAACCACUUUGUCAACUUGUUGAAUUACAAGGUAUACCAUUAGAACGUGGUACUAAAACAGAUCCAGUAUUGUGGCUUGAUAGAUUAGCAGCAAUAUUUAGACAUACAAAUCCAUCAAUUGAUAAUUCAUGUGAUAUACAUCCUUGUCAAUCAACAAUAACUGAUAUGUGGCCAGUAUUUUCAAGUGUAUUUAAUAAAUUUCAAGAUGAUCCAAGAAUUAUGGAAAGAUGUUGUCGUUGUUUAAGAUAUGCUGUACGUUGUAUUGGACAACAUGCUGUACAUUUACUUGAAUCAAUUGUCGAACAAAUUGUACAGCUAUAUUCAACAAAUCAACAUAGUUGUUUUUUAUAUCUUGGUUCAAUUCUUGUUGAUGAAUAUGCUGCUGAUCAUGCAUGUGCUUCUGGUCUUGUACGUAUGCUUGAAGCAUUUAUUGGACCAACAUUUACAAUAUUACAAGUUACUGAUGGUUUAAAAAAUCAUCCAGAUACUGUUGAUGAUUUAUUUCGUUUAUGUGCAAGAUUUUUACAAAGAGGACCAAUUGCAUUUUUACAUUCAGCUGCAUUAAGUAGUAUUAUUGAUUGUGCACUAAUGGCAUCUUCACUUGAUCACAGAGAUGCAAAUGCUUCUGUUAUGAAAUUUUUUUAUGAUUUUCUUCAUAGUGGACGUAAUCAUGAUGAACGAUCAGAUUAUACAAUUAGACGUCAAUUAGUACAAGGUAUUUUAGCUGAAAAAGGAAAAGCAUUAGUUACAAGUUUACUACAAGCUGCUGUAUUUUCAUUAUCAACAUAUAUGCUUCAAGAUGUUGCUGAUGUACUUGUUGAGCUCACCCUGACUGAUGGAGCGUCAAUGGCAAUAUGGCUGGAGGAAGCAAUAAAGUCAAUGCCAACACAAAAUGCAGUUGGAUUACCAACAGCAACACCAGAACAACUUCUGGAAUUUCACAGUACAAUAUUGAGGACAACAGACUCACCGAAGACAGUGAUGCAUGCCUUACGAAAUUUUGCUCGUUUAUAUCGUUGACGUGAGUUUUAAAAUGAAUAAUAAUAAACAAAAAAAAAAAUAAGCUUAAUAAAUAAUUGAAUAAAAAUGUCAAGUGAUGAAGAAAAAAUAAAUUAACAAAAAAAUAAUGAGGGAGGAUGAGAGACACCUCUGUGUUUACGAAUCCAUUAAUGCUGAAAAAAAAAAAAAAUUAAAAUUGCAGUUAUUUUAUUCACAUGUAAUGUUGGACAAUAUUUUUAUUUUCAAGUGCAAUGUAUGAAAUAAUAUCUCUGACAAUAUAAAUAAUAUCGACAAGAAAAUAAAAAUUAAAUUUUCGACAUUCAAUUUAAUUAAAACUCAGCUCAAUUGUUUUUGUUUUUAUGUAAUAAUAAUUUUUAAACUUGUUAAUUUAAAAUAAUCAUUUAGACAAAGUGAUUAGACAUAAUUAUGAUUAUUAUUUUUUAAAAAUUGUAUAACACUUUGUGGAUAAAUACACUGCACUUUUUUUUUUUUUUUCUACAAAAUAAAUUUUUUGUAAUAUAUAUUUUAAUGAGCAUUAAUUGAGUGAUCAAGUGAAUUCAUUUCUUUUUUGUUUUUUUUUUUUUCGUGUUGGUGCGUGAAAAUAUGACAUUUAUGUUGAAAAAAUGAUGAUUAUUAUGAGUGAAACGGUCUUUAUGCAUUUAUGAAUAUAAAGAGAACAAUGAAAAUAAAUAAAUGUGUAAAAGUUAUGAAAGAUAUAAUAUAAAGUGAAUUGUACACAUCUCUCUUUCUUACUCUUAUUUUUUUGUCUCUUUUUUGUAAAGAGAAGAUAUGUACUACUGAUCUUAUAAACACCAAGUUGACAAUGCAUUUUUACAACAAUCAAUUCCAUGAUUCAUCUUUACAUAAAUAGUCACAACCUUAUAUACAUUCUAAAUACCUGAAGUUUAAAUAAAUAUUGUACGAUUGUGUCUUUGCAAUAAAUUAUUUUGCAUUUUAUUAUUUUA